GUGUUUUGGUGUCUGUAGACCAGAGCUCCGGCCCGAGGCGCGCCUCGAAAUAAGACAGCUUUUUGGUUGCGCAGUCCAAAAAGUGCAUCUUAUUUGAAGCAGUUAUAGCUAUAGCCAUUGCCAUGCCAGGAAGCGGAAACGGAAGCUAAGGAAAAGCCAAGAAAGCCGAGCUAUGAUGGAGACCACUGGCGGCUACCAGGACAUCAGCGCCCUGGAAAAAUCGGUGGCCAAUGCCGGCUCGCAGUUGUACACAAUGGCCCACAAGCUGCACGCUGUGGAGCGCAGCCUGGAGCAGACGACGAUGGAGCAAAUGGACGAGAUGGAGGUACUGGAGCUGCUCGAGUCGAUGAGCGAGGUGACCAACGAGUACCAGAAUCUGCGCAAGGACAUUCGCGAGGUGCAGCAGCUGCAGCGUGACGUCAGCAGCUCGAUACGGUACCAAAUGCGUAGCAUGCAGCAGACAUUUCACACGCUCAAACAGCGGAUUGCCAGCUCCCAGAAGAACCGCAGCGGCCGCAAGCCGGAGUCGGAGGAGGAGCAGCGAGCCAGAGGAGCGAAGAGCAAGUAGGAGCAGGUGGAGUCGGAGCCACCGCAUUUAUGAAUAAACCAUGAACCUUAUUGAUUGGCCGAGUGGAGAGAGAGAGACAGCCCUGCUAGAGGGCCAGAAAUGUGUCAAAGGGGAUGAGAGGGGGACUGGAGCCAGGAGUAAGGAGCAAGGAGCAGGGAGGAGCGCCCAAACUGUAGCAAUCAACUGUGUAACUAUAUCGCUGACACACACACACCAAGCAUUUAGACUCCAAAAGCAGAUCCUCUACUUUACGAUAUAUACACUUUGAAAUCGAAAAAAAACCUAUAAAUACCCACACACACACCUUGUAGGUCGGGCGAUAAUUUAUACAGGUAUAUCCCCGAGUAGGAAUAGAGCGUACUUUACGAAGAACCGAAUGUCUGAUGCACUUUUCCAAAAUUUGCCUUAACAUAAUAUCGUAUUUGAGCUAGUUUUUGAUACCACACGUUUUAAACCAAGAAUAAAAUAAAAGGAAAUGUAUUAUUAAGCUAUACUCACACACACACUCACACACAAUGGCAACCUGUUUUUUGGUUAUUCAUGUGUUUUUGUUUCACCUUUUGGACAGUCGUUUGUUGAAUAUGAAAAUAAAAACAAGUUAGUUAAGCCAAUCUUAUAAGAGCCGUCUGAAAACUUUGCAAAUUUAUUUCAUUUUUUAUUUUAGCAUCUCUUUGAUGAUUUAAUUUAUCUUUUAUUCAUCAAAAAAAUUACAAUUUAAAUGAA